UCCCCUGCCUCCGGCUUUUGCCGCAAGAUAACGGAGACGACUUUGUACCAAAGCGAAGACAGAUCUCAUGGCGGAAUCCACGACGAAAGACGUAGCCUUCCCUUAGGAUGAUUCUUGUUGGUGCUCUCCUCAUCGUCGUACGUUCUCCGGUGCUCCAGUGAUGGCGGAUGCUUCUUUUGUUUGCUUCUUUCCGUAGGGGUUUGAGGAGUUCCAGGAAUGGCGGAGGGCGGUGGCGGACGAGCCAAAGCUCGGUUCUUGCGCUGUCCCAUCUGCGAUGCUCUCCUCCCGGAUCUCGGAAAUUUCACUGCCUGCCGUUGCGGUGCUUGUGGUUCUACUGUCCGAGCAAAGGGAGAUAAUUUGGCAAUAGAUUCUACGCCAGAGAGAUCUUAUAAUAGGGUCGAUCUGAGACCGUUAGCGAGUGAACCACAUGAUGGAAUUGGGAGGUACCGCCGAUCUUCGAAAGCUCGAUUUAGCGAUUCCACAUCCAGUGAAGAUGAGAUGGCCAAAGGAUCGAAAGAGGAGCGAGGAACGAAACCUGACAGGGACAGAGUACCGACAUUCUACCGAACGACACGAGAUCGGAUGAAGGCCACUCCAUCACCAAAUUACCUGGAAGAAGGGCCGUCUGCUUUGCAUGAUGGAUCUUAUACUGAUAACCGUUCCAAGAAGCAAGAUCAAUCUUGGAUUGAUGGAGUUGACCACCUGAGUCAGAACCCGAUCCAGCUUCUGAAGCAGCUUGAUGAAUUAAGAGAUCGGAUCGGUCGAUCAUGUGAGGUCACUGAGGAACCAAGGGAAAGGAUGCCAUUGAAGCUACGUGGGCUACAUGCACCUGAGAGAACUUAUGUUCCCGCUGCUCAGUCCCCAGAGAGAUUAAGGAUCCGUAGACAACUCGAUGUAGAUCCUUUGGUCUAUAAUCGUCAUGAUGAAUUUGAUCAUGAGCCUGCCUGCUCUUGUACACACUGCUAUCACAAAUAUAGGUUGUUGCCAGACAGGGUUGUCCCUCAUUCUGUCAGCUCCCAGAGCCGGAGAGGUAGUUAUCUUGUGCAGAAUCGUGGGUCCUAUCCUGUCAGGACACAGGAAUUCAAUCAAAGAGUGCGAUCUCGAGAGCCACUUAUUCAGAAACAGGCCACAAUCUCCAAAAAGAAGGACAAGCAUCUUUGUCAACCUUUUGCUGGUGCUGCUCCUUUUGUAUUUUGCUCUAAUUGUUUUGAACUGCUGAGGCUACCUCAGAUAAUUCUACUCGUGUCAAAGAAAAUCUGCACGUUGUGCUGUGGAUCAUGCUCUGAGGUAAUGUCCUUAGAGCUUAUCGGAAAGAGGCUUGUUGCUUCUGCCACUCCACCAUCCACAGCUCAAGCCGAAACCAAAGGCAGUUCUCCUGUCGAAGUGAAACAAAUUAAGCAAUCUAAAGCCCAUAUUAUUGGAGAAUCAGAUACUUCUUACCAUGAAGCUGAUGAUGGCCCAUGCGAACUUAUGCAGUCGACAGAUGACAACCCUCCCAUAUGUAGUCAGGGACUGAUGGAAAGAGAAUGUGUGUCACACUUAAGUGAAGCAGAGAAAACAAAGAGACCUUCAAUGUCUUCCAAUAUGUCUGAUAACGUGGAAAGCCCAGAUAGUGCAAAAUAUCAGAGAGCUACACCCAGCACAACAGAACUUCCAUUUCAUGCAGAAGUCAUUUCAGAUGCUGCAGGUUCACCAGCUCAGGAUCAUCUUGGACACCCAUCAUCCAGUCAAGUAAUGGAUGGUUCCGGAAAUGGAGGCAUGAAUGAAUAUUCUGAUCAGGAAACAGUAGUUUCCUACACUGACAAGUUUCGGCAGAACUCUGCAAAAAAUGAAGUGGUUACUGAGAUUGAUGUGUCAGGGCAUGAAUAUCCCAGUUCUAGUUUUUCUGGGGAUUACCAGGAGAAAGAGAAAUAUGAAAAUCAAGCUGGGAUUGGCAUAAGUGAUGAUUCAUUGGUUUUUAGUCAGCUAGUGCAAGAUGAAAGAUCUGAAGUUUCAGUCAAUGGUCACCCUAUUGUUGAUCACUUGGUUAGGAAGGCUGAAAAACAAGCUGGACGCAUUUAUCCGGGAGAGUAUUGGUAUGAUCAUCGUGCUGGAUUUUGGGGUGUCAUGGGGCAGCCAUGUCUUGGGAUAAUUCCGCCAUUUAUACAAGAAUUUAAUUAUCCUAUAUCCAAGAAUUGUGCUGGUGGGAAUACUGGGGUUCUUGUUAAUGGAAGAGAGCUACAUCAUAAAGACCUAGCUUUGCUGGUUCGACGAGGACUCCCAACUACAGCUGGUCGAUCUUAUGUUCUUGAGUUUUCAGGGAAUGUUUUUGAUGAAGUCUCAGGUGAAGAGCUGGGUAAUCUUGGGAAGCUCGCACCAACAGUUGAGAAAAUGAGACGGGGAUUUGGUAUGAAGGUUCUGAGGUGAUUAGCAAGCUAGUGGCAUUCAUUUGUUGCUUCAAUUCCUUGGAACACUUGUAAAUGUGAGCAAGCUCCAUAAACAGUUGAAUGACAAAAAUAUAGAGGCACCAAAACCAUCCAAAACUUUUGGUGGUAGGAGAGUCUAUGACAUGUAGUUGCUGUGGCCUCCUCAUCUUCAUAAAUCUUAUCAAGAGUUUGAUCACUCAUGCAAUUCCUUAUUGCAAUUUCUUCAUGCAAAAUGGAUUCAAAUUUGCCAAAUGCAAGCAUUAUUCAUUGAUAAUUCUGUGUACAUAUGAUCCUAACAUUAGCUGCCAAGCAGUCUGUCAGAGAAGACGCUUGAUAGAUGAGAAAGAGGACAGUGAAACUGCAGGGGAUUUGUUCAGCUUCCAGCUAAACCAUCACUUGGCCCGGUGGGGAACACCAGUCGUGCUCAUUCCUCCUCUCCAUGCUUGGAUUCAUCUGAGUGUUGUUUCAUGAGAAGAAGCUGGAGAAGUCCGAUUCGAAGUCUAGGUCUUGGAGCAUUAAAUCCAUGUCCGCAGCAGCAGGUGAAUCUGAAGCUGAAUUAGCUCCUGUGAUGCCAGACUCAGGGCUCCGAAGCUUGAUUCCUCCUCCUUUCAAGCUGUAUGGCGAGAACGAGAAGUAGGUCGAGUCUGAUGUUGGGGAGAGGAAGGCAGGCGAGGCUCUGCUAAUGAAGCCACUGUCGGUCGUCGUGGAAGGCGACGCGAAGGAGAAGGAAAGCGAGUUCUGGCCAUGGCCGCCCAACUCCAAGUCUUCCGUCUUCACUCGGAGCCCCGUUUGGAAUCUCAAAAGCAAGUCUUGGUUCUGCUGCUGCCGAUCCACGGGCUCCUUCUCUUCCUGCUGUUGCUGCUCCUGCGACAGCCAUGCUGAUGCUGAUGCUGGUGCCGCAGGGCUCUUCGGAAGGCAGGUGUGCGCCCCAUGAUAGGUCACAUGAAACAGCAGCGGGUCCUCGUCUGAUCGCUGCACUUGCUUCGUCGCCGGGCAACCCUGCAUGAUGCGAUGUGUGCAUCUGUAGUAGCCUCUGUAACAAGAAACAUUUCGACCUUCCAUCAGUAUGUGAAUCUUCGGAUCAGCACAAGCUGAUAUGAAGAACAGCUGCUGACCUUGGAUGUU